UCACGCACUCUAUUGCGUGUUGAAACUCAAAAUAGAAUUUGAGAUUGAAAAGUGAGCAUCGUUUUUCCCACGUGUACGCGUUUACUAUGUUGUUACUAUCAAGUUUAUCCGUAAAUAAACAAGUGCGAUAGUGUUAUCUCUCCGGUAUCUGACGCAGCAGUUCCGUGGGUGGGGGCAUGUCCCGUUGCGGCCGCGGGCGGCGUCCACACAGCUGAUUUCACAUGUGCCUUAGCGUCGAACCGCGCGCUCGUUUCGCGCUCCAACCUUGUAAAAAUGCCGGCAAAAUAAACUAGCAAUAUUAACUGGACGUUUCGAAGGUGCGCGUGUGAUUUUUCCAACUGAAAUAUCGAAACUGACUUGUAGACGAGACUUUGGAUACUACUUCACCCGACAUCCUUUUUUAGCGGAUGCGUGGUUAGAAGUAGCCGCGAGCCAUGCGGAGCGACAUGGCCUACCGCGGCCUCUCCCAACAUGUGGAGCUGGACCGAGUCGCCGACCCUCGCGAGAGGUUCUCAUUGCAGGAGCUCAUAGGAGAAGGCACCUAUGGGGAAGUCUACUGCGCGAGGGACAAGAAAACUGGGAAGAGAGUUGCCGUUAAAAUUUUGGAGAAUAUAGCUGAAAAUAUAGAAGAAAUUGAAGAAGAAUUUCUAGUAUUUAGAGAUUUAUCAAGUCAUCCUAAUAUACCUGAAUUCUUUGGGUUAUUUUUGAAACGCGGAAUUAACUCAGAUGAUGACCAAAUAUGGUUCGUUAUGGAGCUCUGCACCGGAGGUUCUGUCACCGACCUGUGCGCUGGAAUGCGGGCGCGAGGAAGCAGUCUCACUGAACCGCAACUGGCGUACGUACUCCGAGGAACUGUACGAGCUCUUACUCAUCUUCACGCUCACAGGUGCAUGCAUCGUGACGUCAAAGGUCAUAAUAUAUUGCUGACCGAAGAUGCCGAAGUGAAACUGGUCGAUUUCGGAGUGUCUUCCCAUUUGGCGGCGACAGCAGCACGACGAAAUACAUCUGUCGGAACGCCAUAUUGGAUGGCACCUGAGGUGAUAGCAUGCGAGCAGCAAUUGGAUGAGUCUUACGAUUGUCGUUGUGACGUUUGGUCUGUUGGUAUCACUGCUAUCGAGCUCGCUGAAGGAGAGCCUCCUCUCUCUGGGUUGCAUCCGAUGAGAGCACUUUUCCAAAUUCCUCGCAACCCGCCUCCAACACUGUCGCAUCCUGAAGCAUUCUCACCUCAUCUUGUAGAUUUUAUUACUGAUUGUUUAAUCAAAGACAUGAACCAAAGACCAUUUGCCAGAGAAUUAUUGGAACAUCCUUUACUUUUGGCUGUUAGCAGUUUUGAAGAUAAGAUUCGUAAAGAGCUACAAGCCGAAAUAAAAAGGCAAAGAGCUGAAGGUCGCAGUAGCAGAGCUCCAGAGGCCACCACCAAACGAGGCAAGCUUAAGUCACACAGGAAGGCCAAGCCUGAGAAAAUGUACACGGAUGAUUUAGCAGCAUUGGAGGUUUUAACGGAGGAUGCUAUUGUUGAACAACUACAGAAGAGAUAUACUCAGAAUCACAUAUAUACAUACAUAGGAGAUAUAUUGGUUGCUGUUAAUCCAUUCACCGAUAUAGGAAUAUAUACUUCUAAGAGUCAGCAGAUUUACCAAGGGCGGUGCAGAUCAGACAACCCGCCUCACAUCUAUGCGGUUGCCGACGCGGCUCAUCAGGCGCUCUUGCAUCAGAAACAACACCAAGCCAUCGUGAUCUCAGGGGAAAGCGGGGCCGGGAAGACUGAAUCUGCCAAUUUGUUAUUGAAGCAACUUGUGUUUUUAUCAAAGACACAAAAUCGCAACUUGGAGGAAAAGAUACUCCAAGUAAACCCAAUAAUGGAGGCCUUCGGGAACGCCCGCACGGGAAUUAACGCAAACAGCUCCCGCUUCGGAAAAUAUUUGGAUCUGUCAAUGAUGAGAGUCGGGAGGAUAUCCGGUGCUAGGAUUUCUGUUUAUCUUCUCGAGCAGUCGAGGGUGGUUCAUCAGGCUCUGGGAGAAAGUAAUUUCCACGUUUUCUACUACCUUUACGAUGGCCUGGAAAGCGAAGGUCGCUGGAGAAAGUUCUACCUUGACGAGCAACUAAAGUCUAGACACAGAUAUCUACAACCUCUUUCGGUGGUGCACCGGGAGCAUAAUGUGCAUCGAUGGAGGCAACUCAAUCAAGCAUUCAAGGUUGUGGGGUUUCAAGAGGAAGAAGUACAGAUUAUCUACAAAAUGCUAGCCGCCAUCUUGCAUCUUGGUGACAUAGAGUUUGGAGAGAUGGCUGGUGAAGACAACGCUGACAACAGAGCAACUAUCAUUGAUACCGCUCCUUUGCAUAGAGCAUCAUGUCUUCUAGGUGUUGAAACUAUUGAUCUCCGUGAAUGUCUAACCAGCAGCAGCGUAGUAGCUCGAGGGGAAACUAUCGCAAGACACAGUUCCCCGACUGAAGCCGCCGUUGCCAGAGACGCCACAGCGAGAGGUCUUUAUGCCAGAGCAUUUGAUAGAAUCGUUGAGAGGAUAAAUGCCUUACUCUGCCAGAAUAGACCAGCAAAUGAGCAACUCUCGAUCGGUAUCUUGGAUAUCUUCGGAUUCGAAAAUUUUUCCAAAAACUCCUUUGAACAACUUUGCAUUAACAUAGCUAACGAACAAAUUCAAUAUUAUUUCAACCAACACAUCUUCACAUGGGAACAACAGGAGUACAUGGCAGAAGGCGUCCCUGUGGACCUUGUGGAGUUUUCCGAUAACAGACCAGUGUUGGACAUGCUUUUGUCUAGACCUAUGGGCCUGUUGGCUUUGCUUGAUGAAGAGAGUCGAUUUCCACGUUCCACGGAUAGAAGUCUUAUCGAAAAAUUCCACAACAACGUUAAGAGCAAAUAUUACGUUCGUCCGAAAUCAGAUGCUAUCUGCUUUGCGAUCCACCACUUCGCUGGUCGAGUGGUGUACCAAGCUGAUGGUUUCUUAGAGAAAAAUCGCAAUUUCUUACCACCAGAAGUCGUUCAACUAAUGAGGCAGAGUCAGUAUGACAUUAUUAGAUUCCUGUUUCAAUGUCCGAUCACUAAAACUGGCAACUUGUAUUCGCCACUGCAAGGUGAUGUGGAUUCAAGAAGUUUGGAGAGUCCUAAUGGAGAUACAAGAGAUCGGUUCAACAGCCGCGGGCUGGCCUCUCAGUCACGAGCUCAGCAAACCGUCGCCACCUACUUUCGAUAUUCUCUCAUGGAGUUACUGCAAAAGAUGGUGAGCGGCACUCCGCAGUUCGUGCGGUGCUUGAAGCCGAAUGACUCGAGGUCGCCGAAGCAUUUUGAUUCGGCGAAGAUUCUAAAGCAGUUGAGAUACACUGGAGUGUUGGAGACUAUAAGAAUCAGGCAGAAUGGGUUCUCGCACCGGCUGACGUUUGAAGAGUUUUUAAAAAGAUAUGGCUUUUUGGCAUUCAGUUACGAUGAAGAAAUGAAACCUAGUCGCGACACUUGUAGAAUUCUACUAAUGAGGCUUAAAAUGGACGGGUGGGCACUAGGAAAAUCCAAAGUAUUCUUAAAAUAUUAUCACGUUGAAGUUCUCGCCAGGAUAUAUGAAGAACAGAUAAGAAAAAUAAUACUAGUUCAGGCUUGCAUCCGCGGCUGGUUAGCGCGGCGUCACUAUCAAAGACUGAAGGCUCAAAUGGCUAUCUCAGUACUGACACUACAACGACACGUUCGGGGAUGGCUCACCAGAAAGAAACUCCAGGAGCGACAGAGACAGCUGGCACGGGAGUUCCAAAGAGAGCAAGAGAGUCAUAGAAGGCAACAGAAAGCUGGAAAUAAGAAUAAAGCACUGAUAAAAGCAAAGGUCCUGCAGCGGAUGACGUCAGACGACAGCGACGGCAACGAGACGAGCUCCGGGAACAAGGAGAAUGUGGACACCAACCGGGCUGCCGUGGUCAUACAGAGCCAUUUCCGCGGCUACACUGCCCGUCGCAAAUGGGCGAAGGGCCGCGCGCCGCCGCCGCCGGGCCACCCCGCGCCCACGCCGCAGCUCAUGCAGCAGUACUCGGUGCAAGAACGAGCUGCCCAGCUCCAUGCCUUUGCUGAUCAGGUGCAUAACAAGAACCAGGAGGUCCACAAGAAUCUGCGCCGAAACAAACCGGGCGUCCGGCUGCAGGCCGUGCAGCGGCCGCCGGACGAGUACCGCGCGCCGCCCGGAUUCACCUUGGUGCCGGCCAUAGUGCGCGGACAACCGAGCCAGCUCGAAAAAGAUGCUAGUCGACUAUCUAGACGUCAACAACCCAGCAACGAUGAGUGUUCGCACCGGCACCUCCAGAACCAAAACUGGCAGAACCGGCCGUGCAGCCGCCAGUGCAGCGGCCUCGUCAGCAACAAAAUCAAUGAGCUAGUGAAGAAUUCUCAAAAGGCUGGCCACUCUCCGCGGCCCGUCUACAACCCGUCGCACGAUCCCGAAUCGGAUCUUCGCAAAAUUCUGCGAAACUCGCCCGAAAUUCUCGCUACACCUGUAUUCAGUUCAGACGACGACUACACCGAGGGGCCUUUCCGCUUCAAACAACUACUACGACCAACUUUGGGUCCUACGGAGAGCCUGAGAAAGCGAAAAGUUCGCAAUUCCCCGGGACAAAGUCCGUGGUUGUCUGACAGCUCCCAGGACAGCACUAGUUCGAGACAGCCCGUACACAAUAAACGUCGCCCACAAAUUAGUAUGGGAGUUUAUUAUAAUUAACCUAGGCAAAUACAAAACUAAAUUGAUAUUUGUUUUAAAACCUCUUGCAUAAUCAGAUAGGUCUCUAGCAAAAAGUUUCGUUAUUUACGUAAGUAACUGUCAUCAUUUGAUUACCAUUGUAUAACGAAUGUAGGGAUGAUAAACAUAAAAAAAUUAUACUUACAUAUGUAUCUAGAUUUUAAGAGUGCCUAAUUUAAAUGAAUUAUUCUGACUGUAUGUCGAUUACUGUAUUCACGUCACGUUGAUUAAGUUUAAUUAAUAAUAAAAUACAUAAUGAAUGAAAAUAACCACCAAUAUUGUGUAGACUUUAUCGUUUUAAUGCAUCUUUAUCUUUAAGUACUGUACUUAAUAAAAAGUAUUUAUGUAGUGAAUAAUGCAAUUAUGUACCAAAGUCAUACUAUUAAAGUUUUAGUCUUUAGUAAAAUCUAUAUUUUUUUAACAAGCAGUUUUCGAAGGAAUUAUAUAUAUUGUACUAAAAAAGUAGUAAAUACUAAAAAGAUUUGGUUUAUUGAUAUUGCAGUAUUACUGUUAAUUAUUAUAUUAACUAAUGCAAUUGUUUUAUUAGAUCUCGAAACUGUAAUAUUGCUCGCCAUCAAGUAAAAAUAUUUGUAGAGAUUUAGAUCAUUGACAACUUUUGUGAUAAUGUGCCAAUGAUUAUUGUUAAGUUAAUUAGUUGUCAACUUAAAAGUUAUGGGUUAUUAAAAAAAUUUAAAUC